CUUCUGAUUGGAGGGUUGAGCACGUGACACGUCAAAUACAUCGAUAUCGUUAACUACGUACGUCAUCACUUGAAAUUGUCAAAAACUCUGCGAACAUAUCCACCAGUCUCACUUCAUCGAUUUCAACCAAAAGGUGGAAAAUGUCUGACUCUGAUACGAAGUCAACUUGUCCGGACAUCCAUAUAGGGAAGCACUUUAUCAACAAGUUAUGUCAGGACAAGGAAUACGAAGAGACCUUAAAGAGUUAUACGAGCGUUGCUCCUGUUUACGAUGAAUAUAUGGCUAGUGCCGAACACAUCGGUGCCAAACUGACUGCAGAAACUCUUGAUAACCUUGGACUGGAUAAAGAGUCGAAAAUAGUUGAUAUAGGUGCUGGAACUGGCGCUCUUGGGAUGUUGUUACGAGAACGAGGCUACAAGAACAUAGACGCCAUAGAUGGAAGUGAAGCGAUGCUCCAGGUUGCUGAGACUCGGAAUAUUUACCAGAAUUACACAGUUGCUAUCAUAGUUAAAGGAAAAAAGUUAGCGGUAGAAGAUAAUGUUUACGAUGUAGCAGUUUUGUGUGCAGUGUUUUGCCCUGGAAACAUGGGGAGUGAUGCUUUUUCUGAGAUUAUCAGGAUUGUGAAACCAGGUGGCAUUAUAAUUUGGGCUAUGCGAGCUCCGCAUCUGUUUGCUGACGUAUCCGAACAUUUUAGGAACGGCAAGUUUGAAGCAGAUGUAGAAGAACUUGUGAAGAAAGGAAAAUGGCGGCAUUUUCAUAUGCCGAAAACGAUUCCUUACUUUCACGGAAACGAGGGCACUAUAUUUACCAUGCAAGUUAUAUAGUCCUUAUGCGAGUUGAAACUAAGUUCGGGAUAAUUGUGCUCAAAAAUAACAAUAUAAAGUAGCAACCAAAGUAAACCAAUAUCUUAGUUGGACUUGCACUAAAUGGUAAGUUACACUAAGAACACAGAUUUUAGUCUAAUUAUUAAAGAAUUCACUUCUGUUCAGAGUUGAGAUUCAUUCUUAGGUAAUUCGUUCCACAGUAACAUGUACUGAAACAAUGACCGUACCUUCAAUGAAAAUAAAAUAUCAAAAGACUUU